AUGGCGAUGGAAUUGAACCCUGAUUCUGCAAUUCAGGUUUGUUUAAUACUCACUAGUAAAAUUAUCGACUGUUAAAAUAUGAUUGCUACAUAAAGAAGGAAAAAAUAUUCAUCAACUACUACAAUGACAAUGUUAAGUGCAUUUUGAACUUAAAGUUUACUGUAGUCUGUAACCUUUCUCCUAGCUGUGGUAGUACAUAGUUACUUCAUAUUGUUCAUAGUUCAUGCGAUAAGUUGGUACUUUUCUGAUUUGUUACAGACUAUCCUUCCUUCAACCGCAGCAACUGAGACAACUCCCUUGUCUAGCAGUUUGGACGACUUGCCUCUUCGUAAAGUUCUCCAAAAGAUCAGUGAUGAAUUGCGCGAAGUGGCUCGAAGGGAAACUAAUUCAAAGCUUCGAGAUAGAAAUUUUGAUGGGCUUAAUACUUUCUUGCUGGAACAGAUCGCAGACGAGUUGAGGACGAUGUGCCCACUCAGUUACAAAAUCCUGUCAGAAAUGUUGGAAUUGGAUUGCUAUAGCGAACAGAAGAUUGCUCCUUUAACGUUAAUCUACGGAAUCAUUAUGUUCAAGAGAUGUCGCGAAUUGAGCUAUUUCCAGCGUUUAAACAGUUUGAUUCUUGCAGACAGUAGUGCGAAUACCGAG